UUUUUUGGAAGAUAUUACAUUAUAGUCUCUUGGUGUCUUUAGAGAGACGCCAGAAAAAAAUGCUGUAUGGUUCUUAAAUGUGUCUUUUGUUCUUUUAUGGGCAAAGUGGGCCACACAGGCUGUCAAUCUGUAAAAAGAGCGCAUGAUGGAUCACUGAAUUCACUGCACUGCCUUUGAGUCAGAGCCUGUCUGCAGGAUUCCUGUUGACGAGAGGCCGGAGAAAUGUAUGGUGCCAAAACGCCUUUUGACCAUGUUUAGAAAAAAAUCCCAGCGAGUUUUUAAGGUCGAAAUGUCCUUUCCAAAAUUAAAAGAAAAUAAGCUUAAUUUGUACCCAACAGAAUCCAAAAUGUGUUGAAACAGCAUAUUAGCCAUAAAAUACAAAUGUUAAAGAUAUUUAUUUGAAAAAUUCACACUUAGAAUUUAAAUUUCGUAUUAUUACUUGUGUACGGCUUUAGUGGCAUUUAGUUUUGGUUAAAUCAACAGUCUAUUUACAUUUUUUGCAUUUUCAAGUUAAUUAUAAUGCACAAUGCUCUAUUUUGUUGUCUUUGGAGGCCAUUGGAAGACUUAUCCAUAUUAUAAUAACUGUCAUUUGGAGCUUCUGUAAUACUUAGUCUGAAAAUGUGUCCUGAUGUUUGUGUUCUUAUCAGAUGGAUGAGCGAGUUUGAUUGAAGCAUUUGUCAUGUAAAUGCAAGCCGUUUGAUGGACGAGCCUGCAGACUUGACAGAGUGAUGUAGGUCCUUCGCCAUUGGCGUUUCGCGGGUCACAUGGUGUGUCAGGAAGGUGAUAUGAGGGUGGAAGGCACUUUUACAGCUUUGACAUACUACCUAGAAGGUUAGGGCAAAGGGAGCAGCGAUUAAUGACUGCUCAGUCUUGAUCGGUUGUGAACAAACAAAAGGCCAAAGCAGAGUCCAGGAUGAACUCCUACUUAGACUACCCCGUGUGUAACAGGGGGGCGAAUAUUUUCAGUGCCAAGGCCGGAUACCACAAUUUAAACCAUGGAUACAUGUCGUCCAACUCGUGUGCAACAAGUGAUAGUUACGCACCGGACGGCCGGUUAGUUCCUGCUCCUUCUGCGCCACACCAGCCCCCGAGCCUCCCUCUGCACCACCAGGCAGCACACGUCAACCUGGAUCUGCAGUUUGCAACCCCGUCGGGGAACACUAUGUAUGGGUCACCUCUGGAGUACGGACAUCACCAGUACGGCCUGGCGCCCGAGCAGGACCGGAGCUUCAUCCACUCGCAGGUUUCCCCCCUCGGAACAAACAUGGCUCCUUACACCGGGGACAGUUGUGGGCCUGGGGUUGUAACAGGCGGCCAGUAUCUACAUUUUGGAAACGGGGAUCAGAGGCAGCCAGAGUAUCCAGAGAGUGUUUACACAAGGUUACCCGAGCCAAGCAGGGAGAAGGAUUUGGAGCAUGUAGAGGAGGCUUCUAAAACAUUCGACUGGAUGAAAGUGAAGAGGAAUCCACCUAAAACAGCUGUCAUGUCGGAGUUCGGGGUUCCCGGCCAGCUCAACGUGAUCCGCACCAACUUCACCACCAAGCAGCUGACCGAGCUGGAGAAAGAGUUCCACUUCAACAAAUACCUGACUCGGCCACGGAGGGUGGAGGUCGCCGCCAGUCUGGAGCUCACCGAGACGCAGGUGAAAAUCUGGUUUCAGAACCGCAGGAUGAAGCAGAAAAAACGCGAGAAGCUGGGCUGCGUUUUGGUCAGCAGAGCAGCACCUGUAGAGACACUUUCGGGCAGUGAAACCUCUCCAAAGGGGAAAGGGAAAGACAGUAAACCAUGAUGUGACUUUAAAAAAAACUAUAUGACUGUAAAGGCCUGAGGAGUUUUCCACUUCUCUCCCUCAGUCGCACCAUUCCAGAAAAACUGUGAAAAGGGCAUGUGGACUUUGUGAGGUUACAGGGUAUGUGUCUAGUGCAAUGAUUAAUGCUGAAUUGGAUUCUGAGAAACAUUUAAAAAUAUUUGUUCAUCCGCUUUUGUACUUGUAGCCUUCUUAUCAUAAGCCCAUGCUGUUUUGUGUUGAAGCACUGAACUACUCAGUGUCAUUGUUUGCACUAUUUAUUUACAGGGUAUUUUUCCAACAACUGUUUUAGCUUAAUAAAGUUUAUGAAAUGAAAAAAAAA